UGUUAAAAUGACUCGGAUAUUUGGAAUCUUGGAAUUUGGCGUGUCAAAUAUAAAGUUAAUUGGCGUGAAUUAUUGAAAUAGGUAAUUGAAUUGUGGUCCUAUCUAAAUAUUAUUAAUUAGGCAAUAGUUUGAUAAAUCCGUUUAAUUUUACCGUCGAAUUGUUAUGUAUAUCGCAUCAAACUAGCUUAGAAGCCAUUCAAUUAACAUAGCCAUAUUCUAAACUAUAGCUACUUUCGCGCAGUUUCACCCGCUGCUCGGCUCCAUUUGAUCGUAGAUGUUUUAUAGCCCAUAGCACUCUGAAACAUUGUAGCUAUCUAUCAGAGAAAGAAUUAAGGAAAUCAGGCCAGUGGCUCCAAAGAUUACCCCCUACAAUUAUACGAUUACCCCCUACAAAGAAACUUACACAUUACAAAUUUUACCUAUUUAUAUAAUAUUAGUAUAGAAAACUCGCUGUACAAUUCUAGUAGCCGUUCAUUUCUGAUGGCGAUUCGACUUCUGUAUGGGUCGCAGCUCUAUCCUUAGCUAGCUUACCAUCCCUGUAAUUACUCGGUUUUAAUGCCAAUUGUCACCGGACAUGACGUUUAACAUUUUAACUGAUUGAUUCUUUCAGUUAUUAAGCAAUCCAAUCAAACGGCUAGUAUUUUUGAAAAGUAACUAUCGUGAGAAUUACUUAAUUUGAUGAAAAUAACGAUUUACUCACAUGAAUAGAAUGAGAAAAGCUCGACUAGUUUCAAGUCACAGCGGAACCCGUAUUCAUGAAAAGUGUGCGCGUCGCGUCGUAAUAGUAUUUUAAUCCAUUAGGUAAAUGGCUAAGGGCUGAUUUUUCAAGUUAGAUAAAUGUUAUCUGAGGAUUAACAUUGUUGCUGUCACUGUCUUAUACAAACAUUCUGAUGCGACAGCAUCAUAAUUGUUCACCAGAUAACUUAUAUCUAACUAUUGAAAAAUCAGCCCUAAGAAAGCUAGUUCGUUGCGACAUAUUUACCAGUAAGAGAAUUUGGAAGAAUACGUAUAGCAAAGGUGUAAACGUGAUGCCAUCAAUUUUACCACUAAACCAUCUAUUUUUAUCAAUCCUUUUCACAUAUUAUUUGUAUAUAAUAAGUUAUUUAAAUGAAAUGAAAUUAUUCACAUUUUUUAUACAUAAGACAUUAAAUCACAUUUAUUUAAUUUUACUCUUAAGAUUUAGUUGUAAGUUAUUGUGUUUUGUAAAUUAGCGUGUAUUGUUAAUUACCGCUUUCCUGCAGCUAAAUGAUUUGCUCUUGGGAGAACUAUCAAAAUAUAAAAGGUCAUAACAAUUAUUUAGAAUCCUCGACUUAGCUUAGAGAAGUAGAAGGAACAUGGUGAUUUGUAGUCAGAAAGUACUUUUGCCCUACCUAGGGUGAGAUAAGCCAAUUGAUUAUUUUUACGCCUCCAAAAAAAUCAUCAAACCAUCAAUCAUUAUUUUGUGGGAGAGCCAAGCUUCGGCGGGAAUGGCUCGGCUCGACCGGAUUGAUACCACGGCCUCAUAGAAAACCGGCGUGAAACAACCACACCGUUGUGUUUCGGCAUCCCUUCCCAAUCCUUUAAUAUCCAAAACCCAUAUCAUAAAAAGGCCGGCAACGCACUCGUAACUCUUUUGGUGUUGCGGGUGUCCAUGGGCGGUGCCGACUGCUUACCAUCAGGCAAUCCGCCUGCUUGUUUGCCGUAUUAUAAUAUAAAACAAAAUCACAAUACACCCCUGUUAAACAGAAAAUCUCCCUUAAUGAUUUACUGAUCAGUCAAUUGAAGUAAAAUAUCAAAACAAAUAAAACAAUAAAAGAAUAAUGAUUUAUUUUAUAUUGUUUUUCUUAUUUACCUUGGGAUUUAUCCGUUAGCGCAUAAUAUUAGUUAAUUGCUAAACGCGGGUCAGCGACCUCAUGAUCAUGAUCAGAUCAUGGCUACGGACACGUUCUCAAGUUUACUAUUUAUAAACAUUCGUUAUGUAACUUAAUAUUGCAUUAUUUACAGUUAUGCAUUACAUUAAGCUGUGGGUAUAAUGAAAUAUUUUAAAAGAAAAUAAGGUAUUAAACUGGAGGCCCUAUCCUUUCCCUCCCCAAAUCUUUAAUCAUGUAAACGCCUUAUCUCCAAAAGUCGAGCAAGGCGCUUGCGACUCCAUUGGUGUUGAAGGUGACCAUGGGUGGCGAUUACUUACCAUAGGUGCUUAUCAUAGGUUAAUUUACCAUACCAAAUAAAAAAAUACUUAGAUUCAUUGUGCUGGCAAGACUUCAAACCAGUUAGCUGCGGGUGAACGGUCAUGGAAAAAAAUCAUUCUAUGCAUAUAUGCCUUUAUUUAUUAUUUAGAGUAUUUUGUUAUACUGUUGGUUUGUUAAGAGGAAUAAAAUAGCAAGACUCAUUAAAUGAUGGUACUGCAGUCCGUUCAUUUCUGUAUUUGUGCAUUUCACUGCUGCAAUGUAAACGAAGCCUAAGUCAUAAUGAAUAGAAAAGUGUAUUGUACAGACAGCAUCUAACGUCCAUGAACACAUUCAGAUUUUCAAAACCACUGUACACUAUAUCACUCAUAAUUCACUGAAAAAUAUAGGGCUAGUAUUGAAUGAACAUCAUUUUUAAUUAGUUGGAAAAUCUAAAUGUGGGCAUCAACUUUUGAUACUGACCGUACUAGUAAUUAUAAUGAUUAUAAUAUAUAUUAUUCAGUUAUAAACGUUGAAUAGAAUAGAGGCGAAUGCUUGUAUAGUAACUACUCCUUUCAAUUCUCUUCAAUAUUUUCGCUCAAGAAAUGAGGAAACUAUCUAGUUUUUUUGUGUUAUAACAAAAGUGUCUCUAAGGCUAUUUAAAAUGAUCGAAGAGAAAUCGUCCUAGGCGCUAAAAUGA